UGUGAGGCAUUUGAUUGAAUGAUAAUUUAAGGAACAAUGAUCUAUUUUUAAAGACUUGAGGUCUAUAACAUGUCACAAAUAUUUAUGUGUGAUUAUAAAUCAUCUAAUUAAGCAAAAAAUAAAAAGUUUAAAUUUAAAUUAUUUUAAAUAUAAUAAAAAGAUAUCACUUUUUAAGGACGAAGUAAAAAAAUAUCAGGCGAAAAAAUAGAAUAUAAACUUGGAAAGGAAAGGGAAAAAAAGAAAAAGAAAAGGGAAGUGCAGAAACCACGUGAAAAUGGUGCCAAAAUAGAACAUGCACGAACGUAUUGUAUGAAAGGAACCUCGACCUCUGCUAAUAUAUUAAAGCCAAAACUCUCUGCGAGGAUUAAGGCUCAACAAUAAUCUCUCUUCAUCAAAUAUUACUACUAAAAUAAAUUAGUAGUAGUUGCUGAAAAUGGAAAAUAUAUUUUCUACUUCAUCAACUACUUCACAGCCAAACACACUUCAAAAACUCCUUGAAUAUAUAAUCCAUAGUCGUCAAGAAUGGUGGGUUUAUUCCAUCUUCUGGAAAGCAUCCAAAGAUGUCAAUGACCGUCUUAUCUUCUCUUGGGGCGAUGGCCAUUUUCGUGGAACUAAAGACACAGCUUCCGCGAAAAUAGGCCAUCGCCAGUAUCAUCAGCAUCAGAAGAAAUUUGGCUUCGAUGUAAUAGAUGAUACUAGUAAUGAUAAUGUUACGGAUUCGGAGUGGUUUUAUAUGUUAUCUAUGACACAGUGUUUCGUGGCUGAGGAUGAACUCGUCGUACGAGCUUAUACCUCGGCCAGCUCAAACGUGUGGCUGGCUAGUUAUUAUGAAUUGCAGCUUUAUAAUUGCGAGAGAGCUAAAGAAGCUGAUUUGCAUGGAAUUCGUACGAUUGCGUGUAUUGCUACUCCUAGUGGUGUUGUUGAAUUGGGUUCUUCUGAUGUUAUUCAAGAAAAUUGGGAAUUUGUUCAGCUCAUUAGGUCUCUAUUUGGAUCAAACAAUAACGUGAAUACGACUUCUAAUCCACCCAUCAAUCAAGUGAGGUUAGAGAAAAGAUCUCUUAUCGGCUCCAAUACCAUGUUGAAUUAUGCAAUCGUAGUUUCAUCUAAAAGUCCAAACUCAGUAACAUCGAGAGAUCAUCAGAAGGUUGGAAAACGUGGAUCAACUUGGCAAGAAGCAGAUGUUAUAAAACAAGAAAUGGCUAUAGGAAACCUAAUAUCAGAAUCUGGCAAUUCCGAUUUCGAGAACGAGUCCUCACCUAUCAACAAUGUUGUCAAUCGGUCACGAAAGCGGGCAAAGAAGGGCGAUUCAAGCAGUACAAUAAUAACAAGUAGAGAAACAACAAUGGAAAUUCACGUGGAGGCUGAGAGAAAAAGAAGGGAAAAAUUGAACCAUCGAUUCUAUGCUCUACGAAGCGUUGUUCCAUAUGUGUCCAAAAUGGACAAAGCUUCAUUGCUAGCAGAUGCAGUUACUUAUAUCAAUGAGCUCAAAUCUAAAAUCGAAGAUCUAGAAUCCAAAUUAAUCGAGCCCCAGAAAAAACCUAUAACUAUUGAGCGACACGAUUCUUAUAGUGAGUCUUCUGUUGUAACUGAUCGAGCUAAUAAAGAUAAGUCAUUAUUUUCGAGCAGCAUUAACGGGGCACAAAAUGGGAUGGAAAUUGAGGUGAAAAUUAUAGGAUCGGAAGCCAUGAUUAGGGUUCAGUCUUUGGAUAUUAAUUAUCCGUGUGCCAGAUUGAUGAACGUGAUGAGAGAGCUGGAGUUUCAGAUUUAUCAUGCAAGUGUUUCCAGUGUUAAAGACUUGAUGCUUCAAGAUAUCGUGAUUAGGGUUCCUGAUGAGUUAUCAAAUGAAGAAGCCCUAAAAUCCACUAUAAUUCAGAGACAAAACAUAGCAACCCCUAUAUUUCGUUCGCACUGA